AAAGACGGAUAUGCCGCAUACUAUACGUUAGCUAUUCGACGUAUGUGGUCUGUUAUUGGUAGGAUAGCGGUACUUUUAGCUUGAAAUGUUAUAGCAAUAGUAAAACUAUUCUUAGUUUUUAUGGGUCGUCAGAUGUUGGCGUGUCUUUAAAAGACUUCCAGGUAACGUUUGCAAAAUGCCAUUGCACGGGAAAAUAGUCGUGAUUAAGAGGAGUGGAGGGGAUGGAACCGAGUUCCCUCUUACUGCAACUUGCUUGUUUGGAAGGAAGCCUGACUGUGACAUUCGUAUUCAGCUUCCUCACGUCUCCAAGGAGCACUGCAGAAUUGACUUGAAUGAAAAUAAAGAGGUUGUUUUGACUAAUUUAAGCUCAGUGAAUCCAACCCUUGUGAAUGGAGAGGCUUUGCAGCAGUCUGAGCGUUUGAAGCAUGGAGAUGUCAUAACUAUUAUUGACCGUUCUUUCAGGUUUGAGCACCCUCCUGCACCCACACCGAAGAAGAGGGCUUCUACAGGAGGAAAAGUCCUUCAAGAUCAGCAAGAAGCUCUUGGUGUUGAAACAAGUGAAGUGUCCACAGACCCUCAUCUAAAAGAUGGAACUAAUCAUGAAAACAUCCAGCGAUCCCUGGAUAAAACUGUGGAGGAGUUGUCGAAGGGGGAUGAUAAUCUGCUGCAAAACAAGGCUGUGUCACCAUUCAGUGACCUGUAUCAAAUGAUCAAAAAGUCUCUGGAUGUUGCUACUCCCCGGAAAUCAUCUGCCAGUCUCCUUCAAACCCCCACUUCAAGGUUUUGUACUCCAAAACCAUGUUCAGUCAGGCAAGAUGAUAGUAAACCUGUCGUUAACACAGAAGACAGAAGUUCUCCUGUGAAGGAUGAAGUUGUCUCUGUAGAUGACCAGUUCAAGGGAUGCGCUGGCAGUGUAACUAAUGGGACUCCAAAGUCUGAUAAGAAAAAGAGGAGGUCCUUCAAACUUCCUGCUACUGAAAUGAUUGCAUCCACAGCAGAAGAUGAGCAUUCUGCUAAGUCUGAAGCAACUUCCCCUCUGAAGAGAAACCGUUCGACCCCACAAAGAUUUACAGCAUGUGAAGUUAUUGGGCAAAUCACUGCUAAAUCACCCAAGUCACCAGUGAGGAGGAGGAGUAAGGAGGCAACACCAACUGAGCCUGCAGUGACAGAGCCUUUUAAGAGGACAUCACCAAGGAACUCUGGAAAAGCUCAAAAAGAGAUGUCCAAGAAACGUAAAAGUGGUGAACUUGGAGCCGAUUUGCCUACAUCACAAAUGAAGAAGAAACGGGUUUCCUUUGGUGGUUACCUGAGCCCAGAGCUUUUUGACAAACGGCUGCCUCCCGACUCUCCACUACGCAAGGGGGCCGACCCAAGAAGAAGUUUAUGUCUGGCUAAACCCAAGCUGUCACUCCUGAGACGAGCAUCAGUCAUUGGCUACAGAAAGGAGUUUGAACAUGGCGUCACUGUAAAAACACCGUCACCUAGAAAGAAAUCACCUAAAUCCAAGACUCCUUCGCCCAAGGCUGCAUCUCCUCCAAAGAAGUCACCAAAAUCCAAGACUCCUUCCCCCAAGGCUGCAUCUCCUGCAAAGAAGUCUCCCAAAUCCAAGACUCCUUCCCCCAAGGCUGCAUCUCCUGCAAAGAAGUCUCCCAAAUCCAAGACUCCUUCCCCCAAGGCUGCGUCUACUGCAAAGAAAUCUCCCAAAUCCAAGACUCCUUCUCCUGAGGUGAAAAAGAUACCUAAAGCUCGAUCUACAACCUCCACUAGUAUAACACCUUCUAAGGCCCCCUUGAGUUCAGGAGUCCAGACCCCCACAGUGCAAGGGCGCUUUUCUGUGUCACGCAUCAGUACACCAUCCCCAGUUACACAAGAUACUGUGUCAGAGCAGUUGCCUUCAAUUGCUAUUACACCAAAAAUACCUCCGAGAAGGACGAGCAUGAAGAGCACCUCAAGGAAGACUCCAAAAGUGACCAAGAGUGCUCUAAAAGUAAUACGCAGAAGUGGCAUUUCAAGGGCGUCUAUGAAAGCCAUGAAUUCCUGGGCAGACAUUGUAAAAUUUGGGCAAACUAAGAUUCAAGUACCUGCUCCAGCUAAGAAAACUGUCACAAAGAAGGCAACGAAGAAGACUGUGCCCAAACCACAGACCCCUGCAAGAAAACUGAAAGGUCAUGUCAGCACUGGGCAUGCAGAUUCCCCUGUCACCAUCGUUGUGGGCAAAGCUUACAAACAAAAGGUUGUGCAUCCAACUGGUGCUGCGCCAAGAGUGGUCACAAAUGUGGCUUUCUUAAAGAAAGACAUGAAGAUGGAUGAGGACCUGACUGGAAUUACUGAAAUGUUUAAAACUCCCCUUAAUGAAAGGAAGAGGAGAUCUGUACUCCGUGACGAUGCCACAAAGACACCGGUAGGAGGUCUUGGCAUGUCUAUGGAACCAUCUGUCCUAAGCACACCUGAGGAGCCUGGUGAAAUGAUUGUGUCUCCUCUGAGUGUUGCAUCUACUGUAAAAGACAGAAGAUACAAUAGUGAGGCAGUUCAGCGCCUCUUUGAUGCAGGUCAGGAGUCUUGCUCUUUCAUUGAUGUCCCCACCUUGGAGUUUACUUCUGAUUCUAGUGAACAACACGGCACAGAUUUAAAGACCAGCAAUUUAAAGACUCCCAAACAGAAUCCAGAACCAGUGUUGUCUCUGACUGGAGUGAAGAGGAUUAUGAAGACACCAAGACAGAAAGCUGAACCCGUAGAGGACAUCAGAGGAAGACUUCUGAAAACUCCCAAGCAGAAACCAGAACCAGCAGAUUGUCUCACUGGAGUGAAGAGGAUUAUGAAGACACCAAGACAGAAAGCUGCACCCGUAGAGGACAUCAGAGGAAGACUUCUGAAAACUCCCAAGCAGAAACCAGAACCAGCAGAUUGUCUCACUGGAGUGAAGAGGAUUAUGAAGACACCAAGACAGAAAGCUGAACCCGUAGAGGACAUCAGAGGAAGACUUCUGAAGACUCCCAAACACAAGCCUCCACAGCAGGAGUGUCUUACUGGAUUGAAAGAAAUCAUGAAGACUCCCAAAAGUUUAGAGGAUGAUGUGAUGUUGGAUAGUGUUGAGGAACUUCUGCAGACACCAGCACCUAUGCGAGAGUGUGAAGACCUGACUCAGGUGACCAAUAUGAAACCAGAAAGUAUGAAAAGGUCCCCCUCUGUAUGUUUAAUGACACAGACCAGUCCAAUUAAAGAGGCUGUUGUGAAGAGGCUCAUGAAAACUCCUAGAGAGAAAGGUAAACCUGUUGAAGAUAACUUUGGAAUCAAGCGACUCAUGAGGUCACCCAGGCUGAGGGGUAACGCUCCAGUGGAAGACUUUGAGGGACUUCAAGAGCUCAUGGAGGAACCACAGUCUGAGUCUACAGAACAUGUGGAAACAAAUGAGGUUGAAGAUCAGACCAAUGCAGAAUGUGCUGUAAUUGCAGCAGAAGAACUUACUGUCCGUGAAGAAUCACAAGAUUCUGUGAUGUCACACGUUUCACAAGUUGACAUGGCAAAAGAGGAGCAUGAAGUUGUUGAUAACCACGUGGAGGGUGUCAUGGAAAAUAUUACUCUGGCAACUGUGGCUGAGCGUCAACCUGUUGAUUCAAGUAUGGACACAUGCGAUCAUUUAACUGAAGAGUGCCCAAAAGUGGAAAAUACAGCUGUAAAGGUCACAGAGGUUUGCUCUGUUGAUAAUCAGAAGAAAUCUAGGGGCAGAAAAACAAAGGCAGCAGAAUCUAAACCAACUGAAGAUAAAUCCCAAGGUGCAGACAAUUCAGAGGAUGCUGUUGUCUCAGCUCCAGUCAGAGGAAGACGAGGGAAAAAAACUGAAACUACAGCACCACCUGGUGUUACACAGCAGAAGACAAGAAACAAAAGCAAGAAUGUUGAGCUCACGAUGAAGGAAAGUGCCCCUGAACCUUCCGAAGUUGUAUCGCGGCCUAAAAGAGGAAGAUGUGCCAACAAAGCUUCUCAAGAUCAAGCUGAAGUGCAAACAGCUUCUACUGAAGCUGACAGUGUAUCAGUUAGCAUUGACCAGAAAACAGCAGACAGCGCAUCUCCAGAGAAGACUGCCACCAAACCCAGACGAGGGAGAAAAAACAAAGCCGAUUCUGAGCAGCCUCAGACGGCACCGGACCAAGAUAUUCCCCAAGAUGACAACACACAAGGAAUGGAAACUACUGCUCAGGAACCAGUAACUGAGAGUUUACCUCAAGCAGAGAUGGUACCGUGCACUGAAGUAGAUGCAGCUGUUAAGAAGCCUGUGAGAGGCAGAAGGGCAAAAAUGAUGGAGGAAGAAGCUGCCAUCUCUGCUCCUGUCAGAGGAAGAAGAGGCAAGAAAACUGAAGCUGCACCACCUGCUGUUAAACAAACCUCAAGAAGCAGAAAUGCAAAGUCUCAAACUGUCUCUAGCCAACCUGAAGCCAUGGAAGAAACAGCAGUGGAAACACUGACUGAAAUUUCUGUUGAAGCCAUCAAUGACCAGACUACCACAAUAAAUGCUAGUCAGGAAGAAAAUGAUUCUUCACCACCUGUUGUGAAGACCACAAAAGGGAGAAGGGCUAAAACUCCAGUUGAGCCGCUGCAACCAAAGCCAGAGAAAACAGAGGUUGUGAGGGACCAGAAUCUUGUAUCAGAUGCUCAACUUCCACAACCUGUUGAUAAACCCAGAAGAGGGAAAAAAGCUACUGCUGAACCCAAAAAGGUGCCAGAAGACACAGUUGUCCCUCCAGAGGCAAAGCAACCAGUGGGCAGAGCCAAGAGGGGAAGAAAUGCCAAGCAAGAAGAAAAGCUAGAGAAUGAGUCCAUGGAGAAUAAGUCAGAGGAGCCGGUCACAAAAUCAAGAAAAACCAGGAAGAUUGAGCAAACUGAACCAACACAAGAAAUCCAAACUGCUGAAAUUGUUGAAAGCAUUGCAGAAGCUCCACUUGUUGCUGAACCUGUGAUGAUAAAUAAAUCCUCUGCUGUGACGGCUAAACCCAGAAGAGGAGGGAGAAAACCGAAAGAAGCAGAGAGUGAAACGUCUGUUGAAUCCACUGUGGUCCAAGAGGUCCCUGCUGUCGGCACCGCAGACAAACCCAAACGGGGAGCAAGAGGAAGACUAGUUGUGGAAAGUAAAGUCACUGCUGCAGUUCCCAAGAGAAAAGCUGAGAAUGACCUGGAGGUUGAAGAGGAGACGACUGCUGAGCCAGAGCCCGUGGUCAAAUCUAGCAGGACCAGGGGGGUGAGAACAGAGCCUUCACGAAAUAUUCCUGCUAAAAGAGCUCGUCGCGGUGCAGCUGUUGCCCUUGAAGAGGGCGUUGCAGAACCUGCAGUCCUGGUGUCUGCUGCAGUGGAGCCGGCCAAAAGGGGCAGGCGUGCAGCAGCGAAGCCCAGUGUAGACGGUGCUACAGGGACCAGUGACCAGGCGGACACACAAACGUCCACACGCUCAGUGAGGUGGAAAGCAGACGUGGAAGUCUUUAACAUUCCAAAAGAAACACCUGUAAAGGCACUUCGAGGCAGGAAGUCUAGAGCUGGAGAUAAAGUGGAAGCUGAAAGCAAAAACGUGUCAAAGGAAGUCAACCAAACUGAAGAGAAGGACCUCUCAGAUAAAACCGAUGUAGCUCAGCCUGUCAAGAGAGCCAGACGAGGUACUAAGGUCACUGAUGAAGCGGAGUCAAGCAAGGUUGACCCUAAGAAAGGAGCUGAAGCUGAGACACGGCCAAAAACACGAAGAGGAAGACAAGCAAACAAAUAAAUUUGUUAAUUUUUUUUUUUUACUCUUGUGUUUUAGAAUAAGUAUUUUAGAAAGUUUUGUAGACUGAAAACAAAUCUUGUUAAACCAUUUUGACAUUAUGAUUCUGCAUAUAUUUUUAUGGUUGAAGUGGUUAUUAAAUUUUUGUAUCAAAAGCUUGA